AUGAAAGUUAUUGCUUCAUCCGAGCGCAUAAAGGUUCCCACCAAUGUUAAGGUGUCAGUGCGAUCACGUAUUGUCACCGUUAAGGGGAAGCGGGGGACUCUGAGGCGUAGCUUCCGUCAUCUUGCUCUGGACAUUAAGGCUACGAACCGUGCUGUUACUGUCACUAAGUACUUUGGUGUACGCAAAGAAUUGGCCGCUGUCCGCACUGUUUGCAGUCAUAUCGAGAACAUGAUCAAGGGUGUUCAGUUCGGGUAUGAGUAUAAGAUGCAAACUCUGCACGCUCACUUCCCCAUCAACGUUAUCGUUCCUCCAGACGGUUCUAAGGUCUCCAUUAAGAAUUUCCUCGGUGAGCGGACCACUCGUGUUAUUCCCAUGCUUCCGGGUGUGAAGGCUAUUGGAAGUGGUGGUGCUUCCGAUACUCUUUUAAUCCAGGGCAAUAAUAUCGAGGAUGUUUCCAAGUGCGGUAAGUUGUUGUUAUGCUUUUUAAUACAAGUUCUGCUAGCUGCCCUCAUUCAGCAAUCAUGUGCUGCUCGCCAUAAGGAUAUUAGAAAAUUCUUGGAUGGCAUCUACGUUUCUAACCGUGGCACUAUUGAAGAAAUGAAGUGA